UAAAAAAAUUAAAUGUAAAUUAUAACAAAACCAAAGCAAAAAACACAAAACAACAUUCCAAAGUAAUAAACUAAAUAAAAUGUUAAUUAAUUUCAUAAAAUAAACUAAGAAAACCAUUAGAAAAACUACAAUAAACAUGAAUCAAAUAUCGAAUAACAAAAGUGAAAAUAAACCCCCACUAACAAAUACAACUAUUCUAACGUAUACUGCGGGUUCUAGCAGUAGUGCAGCUAAUGAAGUCAUAGAAACAACAAAUGAAUUGAGUGCGCUGCAGUGUAAACCGUAUUUGUUAAUGCAACAGCAGCAAAGCCGAGAGAAACACUUGAAACAAUUGCAUCCAGCUCAUCAUUUUAGCUUUGGUAGUAUAGCAAAGUUAAGACAAAAUUCAUGGAUGGAAGUGGAUGCUUAUAGAGGUGAUGGUGGCAUGGGCCUAAAGGCUGGAGAUUCUAAUGCUAGCAUUAGUUAUGGAGAGAUUCUUUCGACAGCAAUUUCCAUAAUAUUUCGUGCAAUAACUGUGUGUAUUAAUGUCAAAUUGGCUAUGAGUUAUUAUAGUCAAGGACAUCAAGAUUACUUUAUAUGGACCGUAAUAUGUAUAGUGACACCCAUGAUUGUAACAAUUCUAAUACAUGCCAAUAUGUGCUAUCAGGAUGAUAAAUUUAGCGGUGGUUUUUGUCAAUUUCUACAAACUCUUUGUUUGGUUUUAAUAUCUUCAUUUUUGUUUCGCUAUUGGAAUUCUUUAACUUAUGCCAUCAAGUGUAAGAGGGCUGAGAUAAGGGGCGAUAAGUUGGAGCAAUUAAAAAACUACAAACUAAAUAUACGAGAAGAAAGUGAUGUAGCGUUUAUAAGACUAUUUGAGUGUUUUCUGGAGGCAGCACCACAGAAAAUAUUACAAAUAUCAAUAGUUUUAGCCCACAUAGAUAAAAUCACAAAUUUACAAACUAUAGCCAUAAUCUCGUAUUUUGGCAGCAUGGCCUGGUGUCUAUCCGUCUAUCAUCGUUAUAAUCGUUAUUCACAAAGUGAUAAAUACAAUAUAAGUACAAAUGGUGUAAUUUUACAAUUAUGUUGGCAUUUUUGUAUAGCAGUCUCCCGCUCGCUUUGUAUAUCUUUUGUAGCCAGCAUUUUCCCCUUGUGGCUUCUAAUCGCUUGUCUAGUCCAUGCUUUACUCUUUGGUUUUGUCACCUUUAUAGUUGAACGUCCCAAAUUUGCCCGCUGUUCUUUUUGUAAUUUCCUUUUCUGUUUGGUCUUGGGUAUAGUUUAUAUUUUCACGUAUAUUUCUGUACGUGAUGCUCCCACUCGCUAUAAAUAUCUCUGCUAUUAUAUAUUUUGUUCUCUAGAGAAUAUCGUUUGUGUUUUAUUGUUUAUUUUCUAUGCUGAUAAUGAUUUACGAUCGUUGGCUGUAUUAUUUUAUCCUUUGUGUGCCAUGGCAUUGGCAUUUUACUAUGUGGGCAUAGUAUUUAUGGUUAUUUAUUAUUUGUACUUCCAUCCGCGUAUUACAGCCAGAAAUUCGAAACGUAUUAUUAACAAUAAUUGAAUGAAUUCCAAAGUUAUUUAAUAAUUAGUAUAUAAGAUGGACUAACGACACAAUAAUUACAAAGAAUAUGAAUAUUUAUAUCACAAAUUUACUCAUUUAGAUUUAAGAUAACUAUAGAAAUAUUUUUAAAUAUUUAUGAUUUAAGAAUUACAAUAAAAUGCAAUAUUUUGUAUGGAA